AUGUGGUUUACCAGCCACUCUGUCCAGGUGGCUGUGGACUUUGAUGACUUCUUGUAUGGAGUAAAAGCCUCAUUAGCGGGGGUUGUCCGGGAGCCUGUUCAGACCAGGGAGAUCAUAGGCAUCACCUCUGCUCCUCUCAGCAGGGCGCUUGUCCCCGAACACCACUUUGUCUGUGCCUGCUUCAAACGCACCAUGUGCCGCCGCUUCAAAGGGGGAACAGGGAAGGGCCUGUGGUGUCACAUUCUCCUAAACUCUCUCCUCUGUUGUGGUCUCUCAGGUUCGUCGUACUUCUUCAAGGGGAAGGAGUACUGGCGCGUCCCCAGCAGCGACAUGGAGGCGGAGGCCGGUUUUCCACGGCUCAUUGCUAAAGACUGGCUGCUGUGCACGGAGAUGCAGUCGGACUCUCCAGAGCCAGAGCCCAAAAGCCCCGAGAGCAGAGGGAACGUGCACGGACACCCGGACCACGCGGAGAACGGCUACGAAGUGUGCUCCUGCACCUCUGACAGUGCAUCUCCUCUGAGGCUGCACACUCAGGCCUCGCCCCUGUGGCUGCUGGGUUUGGCGCUGUGGACGCUGGGUCACACGCUCACGGCUCAACUAUGA